AUAACCGAUGUUUUAUAUUUCAAAUGACGAGGUUAUCAAUGGUUACAGCCACGUACUUUGUUCGAUACGUAUUUGGUUUAGAAUAUGGGCAGAGUCGCCGAGUGUCAUGGUCCAGCUUCAUGAAGUUUGGUGAGAGAAAGCCUCGGCACAGAAACACAGCGCGGAGCCCGGAAGCAGGGCGGGACCUCGGCUCUUUAUAAACAUGGCCGCUGAGUCCUCCGCUGCAUCGGCUCCUGCGUUUGGCUGAAUUUGUUAGACUUUCAGGAAGUCAGGGAGGGGGAAACUAAUGCAGUAACAGGUGUAAAGAAAAUGUAGACGCGAACGCGGUGCCUCUAAAGCAGUUUCGGUCGUGUUAUCUCAGCGUUUACAAACUUCACGUAGAUGGUACUUUACGCUAGCUAGCUAGCCGAGCCGAGCUAACUUCUGUCAACUUUCUGAGCCAGCCAGUCAUCUGCCACUUCACCGCCUAUCCAAAUGGAGGAGUGCCGUCCUUGGCCCAGGCUGUCUCGAUGAAUAUUUCACACACGGACGUGUCGGAUUACUCAGCUAAAAGGCUCACCUAAACUUCCUUAAAGGCUCCUGUUUUUUGGGGUUGUUGUUGUUUUUUAUUUAUUUUUAUUUCCACUGGCAGCAGCAGCAGCCAAGAGCUUUGCCAAAGUCGCCCGUUUCGGAACAUCAACCGUGAGGGCGGACAUAAACAAUGUUUUCUGUCAAACCCUUGAAACCAACCUUCAAGUGUUAUCUUCCUCCUGUGCAGACUGAUGUAAAGAAAACUAUUGAACAACCUAUUAAAAAGUUGGAGCCUUCGUUACUUCAAGGGGAGAUAGUAGUUAAUGAGGUUAACUUUGUGAGGAAAUGCAUCAGCGCUGAAAGCAGCCAGGAUGACCUUUGGGGGAAGUUGAUAUGCACCAACUUUAAGGUCUCCUUCAUCCCUCAAGAUGCCCCACCGAAACAGAAAUCAAAGUUGUCCCACCUCCUGCUUGGAGAGCAUGACAUCCCUCUCACCUGUCUGGAGCAAGUAGUAACAGUCAAUGAUACAAAGGGGAAGAAGAAAGUAUUGGGCUCAAACCAAAAGCUGAAGUUCAACCCAACUGAGCUCAUCCUCUACUGCAAAGACCUGCGCAUCAUAAGGUUCUGCUUUGAUGAGGCUGGACCUGAAAGUGCCAAAAAGGUUUGCCUUGCUAUUGCCCACUAUUCCCAUCCAGCUGAUAUUCAACUCCUGUUUGGUUUUGAGUAUCAGGGGCGGCGAUACCAUGAAUCUAAAGGGGAGCGAGUCAACGGUUCCACCCCUCGAGGAGGAUUACAGACCCCCAUUUUUGACCGUCCAUCAGACUGGGAUCGGGAGAUCAAGAGAACAGGGGCAUCAGAGUGGAGGGUGUGCGCCAUCAACGAGAAUUACGCCAUCUCGCAAAGUCUUCCAGAGUACAUUGUGGUCCCCGUUUCUCUGGCAGAUCAGGAUCUAAAGCAAUACUCCAUAUUCUACACUGAUCAGCGCAUCCCUCUCUGGUGCUGGAAUCACGUUAAUGGAAGUGCUCUUGUCCGCAUGGCCAACAUAAAUGAUCCAUUACAGCAAAAGAAGAUUGAUCAGAGGGUCUUCACAGCCAUCACAAAAAGCCACCCACAGCGAGGUGAAGUGGUCAGGUCAGAUCUCGACAAGUGUCUGCCUAACAUCCAGGACAUCCAGAGCGCCUUUGUGAAAAUCAGGCAGAUCUGUGUCAUUGAUCCUUUUGAGGAGUCUGAGGAGAGGUGGCUUACAUCUGUUGAAAACUCGCGUUGGCUGGAGUUCGUCAGGGCUUUCCUCAAACACUCAGCUGAGAUGGUGUACUACCUGGAAGGAAAGAACUCUUCAGUCGUUCUUCAAGAGGGAGAAGACAGAGACCUGAGCUGUGUCGUGUCCUCCUUGGUGCAGCUCAUGUUGGACCCUCAUUAUCGCAGCCUCAUUGGCUUUCAGAGUUUGGUGCAGAAGGAGUGGGUGAUGGCUGGCCAUCGCUUCUUGGACAGAUGCAACCACUUAAAGAAGAAUGACAAAGAGGAGUCCCCACUGUUCAUGCUCUUCCUGGACUGCGUGUGGCAGAUGAUGAACCAGUACCCUGCUGCCUUUGAGUUCACAGAGACCUAUCUGACAGUACUGAGUGACAGCAUGUGGAUCCCACUCUUCAGUACUUUCCUCUUCAAUUCUCCAAAACAGCGUGCUCAAUACUUGAUGGACUUUGCCAAGAAUAAAGCUAUCCCUCAAGGAGAGGAUCAGGUUGUGUAUUUCCCUCCUGUUUGGAACUGGUCACAGCAGUUAUCCAUCAAAGACCAAACUCUCUUUAACAACCCCAUGUACGUGGGCAAAGGAGCUGCCUGUGUGCAGAACGGGGAGGUAAAAACCUUCAGACGCACAAAGAAAACCUACAGUUCCACUAUGAGAGGAACGUCUGCAUCGCAACGUAAUGGACUGAAGGGUGGAGAGGAACCACUGCCCCGACGGGGCUCUCUGUUAUCAGAGCUGAAGCCCGACUUCUCACCAGUGAAAGACGAAAGCCCGAUAGAGCGCUUCUUCAGAGACUGGUUCUCUCGACCUGCUGACCAGCAGGGCGUCUUGAUUCCCUUGCUCAUGCCCUCGCACGUCGCUCUGUGGAAGCUCUUCUUUCUACGCUGGGUUCCCGAAGCCUGCAUUCCUAAAGGAGGCCCCAUCACCGCCUACCACAAGCUCUCCCAACUGGUCGAUGAAAUUGAGAUAUUACAGAGCAAGCUCAGGCAGUAUAAGGGACCCAGUUCAGGCAGCACGCCACUCCCCAGCCCGAGCGGGCCCCUUUCAGACCAAAGGAGGAUGUACUUUAAGGCCAGUUCGCCAAGCGACUCCCCUACACCUCCAGACUAUCUUAGCUCCUCCUUUCCUUUCACCCCAGUGGGAAACCUGUGCCGCCGCGGCAUCCAUGGGACUCCAAUUAGCAAGUUUCUGAAUGGGGCAAGGAUCUGGCUCUCUACAGAGACUCUUGCUAAUGACACAGUCUGAAGUUGUGGGGCUCACUUUUCUGAGCUCAUUACAGGCUUACGCAACAAUUAAUCAACUUAUUUUCUAUUACCUCUUUCUUAAAUACCAAGAAGGAAAAUAAGAAAUAGAAAUUUAACUUUGGACUUCUGAUUUUUAAUUAUUUAUAAGCUAGAAUUUGCACCGUUGAUGCUGCAUUGAAAUCGGAGGUCAUUUCUAAACGUGUCACCUGCAGGCCUCAAUCAUUAUUGUCCAUUACAGUUGAGAAGUCGGAUUAACUGAAGCUCAUCCCUACUGGCCAGUGAGUUGUUACUGUGAGGUCUCCUCUGACUGUGAAAGAUCAUCAUACUUUUAUAGUAGAUGUAUUUUCUUAUCUACUUUAGCCAAGGCCCAUCUCGGGAUUUAUGCCAAACAUGCUGUAUGACCAACAUGCUUUUAGAGAUUGGGUGAGGUUGAGAGCUCCCUCUCCAAGAUUUUCCUGUGGUUCACUACAUAUUUUGAAGCAAUAAUUCACUCUCAAGUAUGUGUGUAACAAUUCUACCCGUUUAUUUGUCCUCUCUCCUCAUUGGUUAGUAAAGACUUCUCCACUGUAAUCCUCUUAACAAGGCUUGAAAUUAGAAAAUGCCCGUUUUUAUUGCAGCAGCAAUGAUGUAUUUCACUGAACACUGAUCUCCAAGUACUCAAUUUGUUUUUGUUUUUUUACCUUCCAGGAAGUAAGUAAACGAAGGUAUUAUAAUAUUUUACCUAGUUUUUAUUUUAGAAAGAGGAACAGAAAAUAACACUGCUAACACUUAUAUUACUAUGUGAUAAAAACAAAGAGCAUCUGGCCUGGAUGAAUGUAAUGGGACGCGCUUCUGUUUUUUUUUUGUUUUUUUUCUUUGUUUGUUUUUGCACAAACUUAAUGCUGUUUGCUCCAGGUGCCCAUAUUUGGUUUCACUGUAAAUAGCAAAUAGUGUAAUUUCAGGGUCUUACUUUGUAGAUAUACUCUAUUUUUGAAGCAGAAAAAAAUGGCCUAUAUUUUUUGUAUCACAAAGCAGGUGAUACUUGAGAGGGGGAAGUGGAGCUGUGAGGACUUCAAUCUGUGGUAGAUAUUUCCUCUUCUCUUAUGAAGGGGCUUUUAUUAAACUUCUACAGAGACCUUCUGGUAAGGCUCCGAGUAGAAACUAUGCCGAUGAACAGUAGCUGAAUGGGUAAAUAUUUGAAAGCAAAGGGACAGACAAGGGCUUUGAUUCAAACCAGUCUCUAGUUUAGUAGGUAGUGAGCUGGAUUCGGCACUGAAGCUAUCGAUCCGAUGAACCUGACAGUGAUGGGUCGAUGACAAUUGACACGGUUUCAAGGCAGCACAUGAGAAAACAUCAGCAGAUGGCAAAUGUCAUGAAUACACCACGUGUAAUUUUGACAUUUGAAAACAAAAUGACAAUAACGGUCAGAUUUCAGCAAUAACUACAGUCCAUACAGGCUGUGAAGCAACACAUUAACUGUAUACACUGUUAGACAUACUGUAUGUAGGUAUAACAAAUAUGUAUUAACAUUUGUUCUUGUUUUUAUCCAGAUAAUUCUACUCAGUGUGGAGGAGUAAUCUAGUAGAAAACAAGCAGUGAAGUUACUGUACUUGAAUAAAGAUUUUUUAUGAUGCAAUCAGAUGGUUUUCCAAUGUGCUGCAAAGAUUUUGACAUUUGGACACCCUUGUCUGCCUGCAUAGUUUACCACCUGCUAAUCUAGGGACUGGUUUGAGACGCAUCAGGGGAAAUAGAUCAGUCACCCAGUGCCUCUUUAAAACUGGUGAGAAACUAGCACUGUGUAACAUCGUAAUGUCUUAAAAUAACAAUACAGCAUUUAUUAUGAAAGCUCUUUGUCCUUUUUAAUCUAAGACCACUGGACAGACUCAACAUCUGUCCUUUUACACAGGAGCAUUGAUCCUUAGAUGCUAGAUUUAAUAACUAGCUUCCAACAGAUGAACUCGCAAUAACUAGUUCAGGUGUUUGUUUCUUGGUAUAGAUGUGUAUAGUGUGAGGGCAGAAGUUGCUCUCCUAAAUGCUAUUAAUUGCACAUUUUACUCAAUAUAUAUAUAGGAUAGUUUGUUUUAAGGUGGUUGUUGGAUAUAAUUUUGGCAGAUAUUCUAAAUACUGUAUAUGCUUGAAAUCUUCCAAUUAAUAUUUUUGAUUAAUGGUACUAAAUAACUUUUAUCCUUGAUUUAGUCUUUAUAUUUUCUGGAGAGAUAUUUAUAUACUGUGUUUUUUCCACUAAUUCACAGUGUUGCAUUCUGCUGAAAUUGCAUGAUAAUUGUGCUUCCACUGUGGUGCAGUUUGAUAUUGAUUAGCAGCAGAUGUAUUUAUUCAGUUAUGCAAAUGUUCUCUAAGAGGGAUGUGAUUGCUACUGUACAUCCCCUGUGCCUUUUUUUUUUCUUCUUCUUUUUUUUGGGAAGAUUUACCAUUUUUGUAACUAUAUUCUAAAUCUAUUGACUUAUUUUAGUUUUCUAAAGCUGUUGAUUUAUCAGUUCUGUAAAUCUAGUUAAAUUCAGAGGUACUGCACUGAAGCUGUUUUUCCUCAUAGAAAAUGAAGGCUCAAAUGUGUACCUGUAACCAAUCAUUACAUUAUUUUUCAAAUGAA